AUGGCGUCUUCUGCUCCAUCCAAGUCUCAGCCGCUGCACAAUUUUGAAUUGCCGCCACUGCUGAAAUGGAGCAAGGACGGGAAAUCGAGCGGCAGCCAGAAACGGCGCCGCUCACUGAUGUCGCCUCCGCAGCGGUCGAGUGCAGCUUCCGGCUCCCCAAUCCACCGCGAUUAUGCUGCGGCGGCAUCGCCUAGGGACCGGUCCCCGCCGCCGCCAUCGCCUGAGUAUCCGGUGGUUGCCGGAGGUGAUUCGGUGAAGCAUACGUCGGUUUGCGAUAGGAUACAACACCUCGCGAUCGGCGCCGAUUCGGAGAAGUUGCGUUCUCGCGGCGGCGAUUGGUCGACGGAGCCGGAAGCUUCUCGAAAGGGCAAAGAAUUGGGGAAAAAAUCGAAUGCAUCCGCAAUCAGGAAAUGCAACUUGCAGAUUAAAAUUGGGAGCAAGAGCAGCAAAGAGGAGGAAGAUCUCCCCAAGGCGAACAAUAAGGAAGAAGGUGAAAUCGAUAAUGCGGGGAAAGCUAACCAGAAGGCGGAUGACGAAGCUAGGCCGUGGAAUCUGAGGCCGCGAAACGCCAAAACCAAAAUCGACAAGGAAGUAUAUGGUGGAGAGAGGAGCAAAGCGGAGAGUUUGAGGAGAGGCGGAAAGGAAGGGAAGGGGGAGGAGAGGGAGAAAGGUGAAAAGAAGAAGAACAAAAUGAGCAUAAACAUUUCGUUAACAAAAGAGGAGAUUGAGGAGGACAUUUUCGCUAUGACUGGAGCAAAGCCAUCGCGCCGCCCACAGAGGCGGCCUAAGAACGUGCAGAAACAACUCGAUUUGACGUUUCCUGGAUUGCAUUUGCGAUCCAUCACUCCGGAUUCGUACUGAGUUAUCUGAAUAUCCAUGGUGAGCGAUGAAGAUGAAGAUGAAGAUGAAGGUGGCAAUGGCGGAAGGGGAAUAAUUUAGUGUUGUUGUUGUUUUUCUUUUCUUUAGUUUUUUAUUUAUGAGUUGAGGAUUAUGUAAGUCGGGAUUUGUGCAUUUAAUCUUGAUAGCUCUUCA